CCAUCCAUCACCAGCUGGUGCCACAACCCACUUCCUUCUAGUUUUCUUUUGUUUUACUAAUAACAACAUCUUUAUAUAGUCUCACACCCAUUCUGCAUACUCAUAUAUCAUUCAUCCCCACCAUUUCUCUCUGAAUUCCUCUUGGUCAGGAAUUUGGAGAGUUGUAAUUGAAAAAAUGGCAUUUGCAAAGCUUUUUAUCAUUUGCUGCACAGUUUUGCUAUUUUGCUCUUCAUCAGCACAUGCACAGGCUGCCAAUCCUCCCUCCCCGAUCCUCACCCCAACUCCAGCUCCUGCACCAGCACCAGAUUUUGUAAACCUCACCGAUCUACUCAGCGUUGCUGGCCCAUUUGAAACCUUCCUGAACUACCUUGUCUCCACCAAAGUCAUUGAAACCUUCCAAAACCAAGCAAACAACACCCAACAAGGCGUCACCAUUUUCGUCCCCAAGGAUGAUGCUUUCAAGUCUCUUAAGAAGCCUUCUCUAGCCAACCUAACCGAUGACCAGCUUAAGUCAUUACUCCUCUUCCACGGCCUUCCCCACUACUACGCUCUGGCUGACUUCAGAAACCUUAGCAAGACAGGCCCUGUCAACACAUUUGCAGGUGGACAGUACACAUUAAACUUCACUGAUGUUUCAGGCACUGUCCGUCUUGAUUCAGGAUGGACCAGAACCAAAAUUAGCAGCAGUGUACAUUCAACUGAUCCUGUGGCUGUCUACCAAGUUGAUAGAGUCCUUCUUCCUGAGGCAAUUUUUGGUACUGAUAUCCCUCCAAUGCCAGCUCCUGCUCCGGCUCCUGAGACUAUUGCUCCAUCCGCCGAUUCGCCAUCAGCUGACUCGAGUGAAGGUGGGGCUGCUCCAAAAUCUUCACCUUCGAACUCAGCACAUAGGAUCAUCAAUCUUGGCUCUUGGAGUAAAAUGUUUUUGGCCAUUUCAGCUGGUCUGUUGCUGCUGUUCUAAGGGACUGAUGGCUGUUUAAGUUAUGUUAAGAGGGAGGGGUAUAUCCGAAUUUAUUUCAUUUGCUUUUGAUUUGAAAUUAAACCAUUUUUUGUGUGUAUGAGAAUGCUAUGUGUUAUAAUUACUAUUUCAUUUAAAAUGGGCAUUUUGCCUGAUCCAUGGUUA